GCUUAUAAGAGAGCUCGAAAUGCCCCUCGUUUUUCAUUGUAACAGAAAUCUUACAAUCGUCAAGAUGUGGGCCUCGACUCUUCCGAUUAUAUUAGCUAGUUUGACUUUGACAAUCCAAGGCGCCUCAGUUGGGCAAGAAUGUGGAAAAUUCAAUGAGAAGCAGUUCAAAAACAACAAGACCAUUGCGGAACCCAAUGAGCACCCAUGGGUGGGAAGGAUCUUAGGUACUAAUAGAGAGGGAAAGGAUCAUUUGACGUGCGCUGGCAUCCUUAUAGAUGCCCGACAUGUGUUGACAGCCGCACAUUGUGUUUCAAAUGGUGAUGUGAAUGAUAUUUCUGCCGUCGUUUUUGGCGACUCGGAUUCCGCCAGCAGAAAUCUUGUCAGCACAAUCACCAUUCAUCCGGACUAUUCAGCUGCCAAAAGACAAAACGACCUCGCCAUUAUUGAGCUCACUAAGGACAUUGAGUUCACUGAUUUAGCUCAACCCAUUUGCCUGCCCUCCACGGAGAAGCCAAAAAGUGAGACCCCCGAUUCGGAUCUUAUUGUUGCGGGACCCGAGGGAGUUUCGUAUCGUAGAGGUGAUCCUGAUUAUAAAAGAACCGAUGGGCGCAUUAAAGUGGCCUUUAAAAGGAUAGACAGCAGUGAGUGCAAUAAACUACAGGAACGUUUUCCCGUGGAGCUGAUUUGCAGCCAAGACGAUAGGGGCGCGCUUCUUGCUCUAUCGGGAUCUGCAUUGGCGGAAGCUUCUGGUAAUCCUCGGAAGUUCUACUUAGUGGGAAUUGUAACGGCUGGAUUCGGCAGCCCCGAAAAACAAUACACUGGCUACUUGAAUGUUCGAUCCUACUUAGAUUGGAUCCUAAGGCAAACCUCAAGCUUAUCGUAAGGUAUCCUAAAUGUAUUCGUAUUCACUGGGUUUUUAAAUAAAUACAAUAAUCAAUGAAAACUCAAA